UUCGAAAUUCCGUGACCCUGAAGUACUUUUUAGUGUUGCUGACGAGACGCUGAUCCCAGCCGCACAGUCAGUGGCUACUGAAGAAGGUGUCUCGUCCUCUGAAAAAGCCAGCUCUUAUAAGUUCCCACCAGCCAGGCAGCUAGAUGAGUCAGCGGAAGGAGCGCCGCGGGAUCCACGUGGACCAGUCAGAGCUGCACUGCAACAAAGGCUGCGGUUACUAUGGCAACGCAGCCUGGCAGGGCCUGUGCUCCAAGUGCUGGCGGGAGGAGUACCAGCGGGCCCGGCAGAAGCAGAUCCAGGAGGACUGGGCCCUAGCUGAGAAGCUGCAGAGGGAGGAGGAGGUUGCCUAUGCCAGCAUCCAGGGGGCCCAGUCUCAGCCCCUGUCCCAGCCCCAGGCCUCUCUGGCGCCCUUCUCCAAGUUCGAGGAGAAGAAGACCAAUGAGAAGACGCGCAAGGUGACCACUGUGAAGAAGUUCUUUAGUCCCUCGUCACGGACAGCCCCCAAGAAAGAGAACCAGGAGGGCAAGACCCCCAGCCCCUCCAUCAGCCGCCAGUCAAGCAUUGAGACGGACCGCAUCUCCAGAGACUUUGUGGACUUCCUGAAGACCCUGCAUAAGCCCGGCCGUGAGGUCCACAAGCAGAGCCGAGCCUUCAUCGAGAUCAUGGCCAACAAAAAGGACUUGAGUGCUGACGAGCUGUCUGAGUGUGUCCAAGACUUCUACCAGAAUUUGUCCGACCGCCUCAUGACUCAUUUUAAAGGCUCUUCAGAGCGUGUGGAGCGAGUGAUGGACGAGGUGGAGAAGUACAUUAUGACACGCCUGUAUAAGAGUGUCUUCUGCCCCGAGACCACAGAUGAUGAGGAGAAAGACCUGGCCACUCAGAACCGGAUACGGGCGUUACACUGGGUGGACAUUCAGAUGCUUUGUGUGCCAGUGGAUGAGGAGAUCCCAGAGGUUUCAGACAACGUGGUUAAAGCCAUAACAGAUGUCAUCGAGAUGGACUCCAAGCGGGUACCCCGGGACAAGCUAGCGUGCAUCACACGCUGCAGCAAGCACAUCUUCAGCGCCAUCAAGAUCACAAAGAGCGAGCCAGCCUCGGCCGAUGACUUCCUGCCCACCCUGAUCUACAUCGUGCUGAAGGCCAACCCGCCACGCCUGCAGUCCAACAUCCAGUACAUCACCCGCUUCUGCAACCCCAGCAGGCUCAUGACUGGAGAGGACGGAUACUACUUCACUAACCUGUGCUGUGCAGUUGCCUUCAUCGAGAAACUGGACGCCCAGUCUCUCAACUUGGACCCCGAGGACUUUGAGCGGUACAUGUCGGGCCAGGCCUCUCCUCGCAGGCCUGAGGCAGACAGCGGCUGGCCCCAGGUGGACCCUCCUACUGGUUCUGCCACCUCCAGUCCCGCCCUAUCCCAGGUCUACCAGAACCUGGACCUCCUGUCUGGCCUGGGGAGCCGACAAGACAGGGUUCUGGAGGGGGUGCAGAGCCUGCAGAGAGACCUGAUCACCUGGCAGGAGACUGUGGAGCGAGAGGUGCAGGAGAUCCUGGAGAAGUACCCACUGGAGAUCCGCCUGCCCACUCCCUCCGCCAUUGACUCAGACAACGUGGAAAACGACCGGCUGCCGCCACCACUGACGCCCCAGGUGUUUGCUGGGUAAUGUCUCUGCAGAAUCGGAGGCAACAAAGGGCUUCUUGAACAAAUGACUGCGCCUCUCUAAUGUCUUGAGAUGUCAUUGGCUCUUCUAUGUGGUGAGGUUCAGGAAGUCGUAGCCACCUCCUGUCUCCACUGCUACGCUUUUAAACAUUCUCACAUACUGUAAGCCAAGUAGGCUUUGGUCCAUUUUGGCCCCUAGACCCUUUCUUGAUAGUAAGAUCUGUGAAUGCUAUCUCAGCCUGGUUAAAUUAAGCAUUAAUAGAUCAAAAGGGUGGGCUAAGUUUGAGGAAAAGAGUUGAGGGACUGAAAUGGAGCCAAGCCAAAACAAUGCUCCUGCAUACACAUACUCCUUUUAGACCAGACCUCUUCAAAUCAGAUGGCCUCACACUAUGUAUGGCGGAGUUGGUAUUCGGCCCUAGUCUGUAAUCCUCUACACCCCCGCUGCACAGACCCAGAUGGCACAUCUUGAUACUGUAAGAUUACUUCUCCAGCUUGUAGUGCCGAGGAAAGGGGUAUGUAUUUUUAGAUAGCUGCUGCUGAAUUUGGGAAACGCUGACUUCUGCAUCUUGCAGUAUGCACUCUGCAGAAUUGUAUAAUCUGCUUGCAUGUGCUUUGCUCCUAGCCUUCUUGAGUCUCCAGCAAGGGUACCAGGGUGCAGCCUAAUUGUGCGCAAUGGGGGGAAAAGGGAUGCGUUUCAUCCAAAACCAAAGGUCUUAAGCUGGUUCUUAUGUGAUUAUGCCCCAAUGAGUGGUCUCAGCUAAUAUUUGUAUUGGUAAUAUAGAGAGCUUAAUCAUCAGAAAAGUAUGAACUAGGUAGGUAAGGUACUUUAACUUCUCUCGUUAAUUUUAUAUCUCAACUAUGUGUCAGUAUAAGAGCUCUUACUGUAUGUAUUAAAGGACCUUUUUCCUGAUGAUGUGAUCUGACCAGGAAAACUCCUGUUACUCUCAUGUAGGAUGCCCAUGAGGCAUAGUAAUGCAGAAGCAUGCUUCUUGUUAUACCAAGGAAUCGCAGGGCAAUACUUUUUUGUUGUUGAUAGUUGAACCAUGGCACUGAUGCUGUAAACUACAAUGUGUACUACAAUAGGGAAAUUAUCCUGUAUGUUCCUAAAUUAACAAUCUAUUAAAAGGGAAUUUCUUCUCCCAGGUACAUAAUAUGUAUUAGUUGGGGAUAACAAUAUUAUUGGGGAAGUUAGCUUUUUAACACGUUAAUGUUGGAUAAACAAUUACGACCUAUGGUAUUAUGAGAGGCAGAGCACAUAACACUCCUUAAUUAAUUUGUAACUUGAACAAAUACUUUUUAAUUGUUUCCUUGGUGCACUGCUGCUGGGCGAUUCCAAGUCAGCGGAAGCAGAAAAUAUUGUUAUCUCAGGUUGUUCUGGCAAUUCUCACAUAGUAUAACUUCAUUGACAGGAAGGAUGUUUAGCAAGCUUUUUACAUUUGUAUCACAAACCAUUUUUUUUAUCAUGGUGAAAGUGGUCAUUUUAGGCCCUCUUUAUACCUACGCUGUACAUGCCUCCUGUAAGACCCUAUGAUCUGUGAACAGUACAUGAUACAGACAACAUCUUGGUGCCAUUAUACUCGUUAUAGUGUGAUCCAUUAUAUGGAGUAUGUCUAGAUUCUGAAAUACAAAUGUUCACAUUCAUUUAUUCAACAUUACAAAUACUUUUAUAAAUAUCUCAAAACUACCCUUUGAUUGUGUUCAUUUGGAGACAUAUUGUUUGGAACAAUAUACUCUACAAGUACAUCACAUUUCCAGAGUGGGCUCUCUGCUAAUUCUGAAGUAAUAAUAAAUUUUGAGCACCACCAACAUAGUGAAUGAGGAAAAAUGGAUUUAAAGGGAACUCCACCUGUUGGUGAUUUAAUAAAUGUGCAAGCCUAAAGGAGGGAUGAGAUUGGUUAAUGACCUAUAAUGUCAAUUUCUAUGUAAAAUGUAUAAUUUCUUUAACAGUAGCAGAGAGUCACUCUGGAAAUGUGAUGUUUGAAGAGUAUAUUAUUACAAACAAUAUGUUUAAAAAUAAGAAAUCAAAAGUGGAGUUUUGAGAUAUUCAUUAAUAUUUUUUCAUGUUUAAUAAAUUGAUGUGAAAGUGUAUUUCAGAAUCUAGAUAUACUCCAUAUAAUGGAUCACACUAUA